AUGGAUAAUUUACCUGAUAUCAAACGACGAUUGAAAGUUGGAAAUCUUGUUGUUCAAUCAGAAGCAUUUCAGCAACUUAUCAAGUUGUUAAAUCAUAAAGAAGCUGCCGAUCUAUUUUUCGAUUUCAUAUUUGAAACAAAAAUAAUAUCUGAUGAUUGGAUUUUACGAAUUAUUCACGAAUUAGUAAUCAGUAAUGCUUUGAAAACCGAUCAAAUAUGGGAUGAAUCAAUUAUUCGAACGAGUGAAAACACGAAAAAAACGGAUUUUUUUCAUGUUGGAAUUGUUGAAAUUUGUCAACCAAAAUAUCGAGAUUUCCUCAAAUAUGUACAAAGACUUCAUUCAAAACCAAUUUUUGAAACAGAAGAUAUUCAAGAUAAAUUUCCAAAAUAUUGUAAAUUAUCGAAACUUGGAGGAGAAAAAUUGAAGCGAAAACCGAAAAACAGGUUAGAAGUUUUGAAGAAUUGCCAAAUUUCUCGAUUGAUUGAAGAUGAUCUUGAAGGAUUAAACGAAUUCAAUUUAUUGGAUCUUCUGCAAAACCGUCCGGAUAUUGUGAAAAAUGCAAAUUUUACCAAAAAGCUCAACAACUUUUUUAUACCAACAGUUCUCGAAAUUGUUCAAUCCAAACUUUUCAAUCCUGCUGAUUUGGAUAUUCUCAAAAAAUCGAUUAUUGAAUCUCAAAAAUCAUUAAAAUCUUUUGAUCAUGAGAAAGAGUUUGCACAAUUUAUGUCAAGAUUUCCAGAAGAAAGAAGAAACAUUAGGAAUUUAUGGAUACUUUUAUCGAUUUUACCACGGAAUCCUGAAGAAAUCACGAAACGAAUACUUGAAGUUGUUGAAACUCAAAAAGAAACUGCUUACACAGUCAUCAUUUAUUUUAUUUCGUUAUUCGGAAAACCUUAUUUCAAAAUUGAUCGAAAACUUGUUAUUGAUGUUCUUACUGGAUUAGCUGUAGAUUUGGUUAGUUUUUCUUCAAAGGUUCAUUUAACAAAGGUUAUAUUUUUAGAUCUCACUCGAACCAGUCAUCCGAUUUUUAUGUGCUGUUUCAAAUAUGCAAAUUCCCGAAAAGAUCAACGUUUAUCAAAGUCUAACUGUAUUGAUGAAAAAGUAUCCAAAAUGUUACGAAUUUGUUUCACCACUUUGUAAAACUUUCGAUAAAUCCGAAAGUUUAGAACUUUUCAAAGCGAAAUUGGAACUUGCCAAAGAAUGCUGUAUUUCAAAGUGAGUAUAUUAUCAAGCUGCUUUUUUAUAUGAAAACAUCUUAGUUUUAUUACAGUGAUAAUUGCGAUGAAAUUCUCUCAACUUUAUCAAAAUUAUUGAAAGAAGAAGAUGUUCGACUUGCUUCAACAAUUGAUAUUGUUUCUGAAUUAUGUGCAAAUAAUGUAUUGGAAUUGAAAAACACACGAAAACAAUUAUCGAAAAAAAUCGGGUCUUGUACAGAAAUUGUGACUCUUGCAUAUUGUAGAUUGUUGGCUGUGGGAGCAAUUCCUGACAAAGAAGAAACUGAUGAAAAUGUAAUAUUUAUCAAAGUUUUUUUCAAACUUUCGAUCUGAAAACUCUUAUUUUCAGAAUCUCGAAUUACGAUUGGAAAUUAUUUCUGAACUUCUUCAAUUAACAAAAUCAGACAAUGUUUCAAUUGCAAACGAAGCUUGGAAAUCGCUUCAAAAAUACGAUCUUCAAGAAAUUCCAAAGUUUGAAUUCCCAAAAAAUCUUCAAUCUCCCGAAGUUCUUCGACCUUGGAUUCAAAUUGAACUUGAUCAAUUUCCUCGCCCAUUUUUUGCUGAAAAUUGGCAAAUUUCGCCAGAAUUUUCGAGUUUAGAUGUUUGGGCAGCUGAAGUUUCUCGAUCAAAUGUUCAUUGGUUUGCUGAAAAUACUAUUCCAAUGAUUCCGAUUCUAAUGGAAUUAGCAAAUAAUGGAGAUAAAUCAGCUGUCGGAAUCAAAUAUUUGAAACUUUGUCUAGCAAAGGUUGGUUGAAUUUUGCAUUUGAAAAAUAAUUUUUUAUUCUCCUCUUUCAGAUUUUUCCGAUAACAUCAUUAGACCAAUUGGAAAUUCGUCAAAAAUCAUGGAAAUCUGCAAUUUCUUCAAUUUUCUUAGAAAUGUUUGAAAAAUCGAAAAAUUUGAUACAGUAAGUUUUAUCAAUUUAUUCCUUCGAAGUUUUUCAAAUUACUCAAAAUUUACAUUUCCAGAUCGAGAAAUGAUAUUUGUUUGAUUUUGUCGAAUUUCACUUUCGAUAAACCAGACAAUUCCGAUGUUCUAUUGAUUUUGAUUGCACUUUCUGAAGUUUUCGAAUUGGAAAUAAGGAAACACGGUAUUUUGAAAAAAGAUGAUUGGAACAACAAAGUUUGGAAUUGGUUGGAUGAUGAAAACUUGCAAGAUUCGAUUUUCAAAAAUCCUCUGAAAACUGAAGAAUUUGUCAAGGAAUAUUGUAGAGAACGAUUAUUGAAUCCACAAGAAGAAGAAUAUUAUGAAGAAUCAGAAGAAGAAACAGAAACAUAUUCUAAAAAUAUCAAAGAAUUGGAAAAAUUAUGGAAAACUUCGGAGAAUCGAAAAGAGAUUUAUGAAAACUUAUCGACGAAAUCGAGAAAAACAUGGAAAACUCGAAAAUAUUUGGAAUUGGAAAAAUUGAAAGGAUCCAUGUUUUUGGAAGUUUUGCAGAACUUUGAGACGAAUUGGAUCGAUUGUUUUGUUGGUUUGAAAAGAGAAGAUAAUCGGUUAGUUUUGAGAUUGAGUUUUAUAGAAAAAUGUAGAUUUUCAGGCCUCUCCCUCCUUUGGAUUGGUUGAAUAUAAUGGAGAAGUUACCGAACAAAAAGAAAUUGAAAUUUGCUUGUCAGGAAAGAAUUUAUGAUCGAAAAAUAUUCCAAGGUCUAGAGAACGCUGAAAUUCUGGAAAUCAUAGAUUAUGAUUUAACUUUUCUUCCACCGUCUUUAUCUCAAAACAUCAUCGAAAAGUAUUUGGAUAUCACUGAAAAUCCUGAUUUCUCACAAAAUCAUUAUGAUUUCUCCAAAGUUUUAUCGAAAAAGAAACCAAAUAUUCGGGAUUUUUCAAGUUUUUAUGAUCCAAUUUGGUUGAAAAUUGAUGGUUUUGAAGGAAAGAAAAAUGUGGAUUUAGAAAGUUUCAAGAAUUCGGGUUUCUUGGAAAUUUAUAUGCUCGCGAUCACGGUUGAUUUUGCGAAAUUUGCGGAUUUUUUGGUUUUCGAAUAUUCGAAAAUGAAAAAAGAUACUGAAAAUCAGGUAAUUUUUACUAAUUAUGGAUGAGUUUUCUAAUAGGAAUUCUUUUUUCAGGAAAAAUUGAUUUCACUUUUUUAUGCAUUCGUCCUUUCAAAAUCACCCAAUAAGUUUUUUAUUCGGGAUUAUUGUUAUGAUUGUUCGAACUUUGAGAAUAUUCUGGAAGAAGUUUCGAGUCGACCAACGUUGUUCAAAUUUUUUGUUGAAGUUUUGGAGAAUCCUGGAGUUCCGGAAAAAUCGAAAAAUUUUAUCAAAGAUUUCACGAAUUUCUGGAUUUCCAAAGAUCCGACAAAAAUCAAUUUGUUAUCCGAGAAUUCUCUCGAUUAUUUGUUAGAAUAA